GCCCUGGUAUUGAGAUACAUCACACGCAUGUGUGCGUUGACCAAACUGUCAAAACAGCUGCACGGCUACAGUAUCAAACUCAACGAUAAUUUUGCUUGUACUUUUUUUGCUACAAAAAAGGCAUUUUUAAUUACGUUGAAUUGAAUCGAUGAGAAAUUCAUUAUUUGCCGGCAUUCGUCUAAUUCAAAGUACCGCGACAACAACGCAAUUUGCAAAAAAUUCCAUUAAAUCACGUUAUUAUUGUCGAAAAAUGGAUGGAAAAUUGGAAGCAGUACCAUUGGUUGAUAUCGACGAUGAAGGUCGUUUUAAAUAUAUUCUGAUCAAGGUGUACGGUCGAGAACAAGCCGACGGUACUGAACCGAACAAACUGAUUGUUCGCGGCUAUCAACGCGCAGAAUGGCAUGCUGAUAUUUACGAUGAGGUUAGCGGUUCGAUUCGUGCACUUGGAUUGGAUACGGAAUGCCUGGGAGGUGGUCGCAUUGAGCAUUUUCCAGAAAGCAAAUUACUGAAAGUGUAUGGACAUUCAACUGGUUACGGGAGAGCCGAUCAUGCGGAAACCAGAAAAAUUCUCUUGACAAAAUACAAGGAUUAUGAAAUCGAAACGUCUGACGAAGGAUAUUAAACGAGUGGAAAAUAUUUUUCCGAUGAAUUUUAAACAAUAAACCGCAUCUUUAGAGAAGCAAUAAAAGUCAAUUGAAUAACUGGAAUAAA